GGCAGCGUCCACAGGACACUGGGUUUGGAGUAUGCGAACAGGUGUUUAUCUAGGGGGUUCACCCUACGUAGGGUUUCAAGGCGUAGCACAGGAAUGGUACGAGACCUUGGGUUUGGGUUUGGAAUUUGGGAUUUGCCCCCUGAGGCGCUGACACGAGGAGACUCCACGAAUACUAUCAAUUUCCCAACCUGCGGUUCCCAGCUUUCAAUCGAGGUGGGCUUUGGCAGUGCCUGUACCCCGCAGUCUGAUCUCGUUGCCUCGGCGGGGAACAUGGAAGCGGAUGCAAACCCCUCCAUCAUCAGCUCAAACCCUACAAAUCCGUGGAAAUGCUUUUAUUUCCAGGUCGCCCUCCUCAUCAAGCGGGAUCUUGUAUAUUAUCUACCUGUGCCGCCUUCUGGCUGUUUCUUUAGUUGGCUCGGCCUUGCGUUCUUUCGAAAUUACACAAAAGACUCACUAAUUCCUUCUGGUGACACCUUGCAGGUUAUUAUUAUUAGCAGCAUUGCAAAAUGGUGAAGGAUACAAUGAAAGCGGUAGUGUUCAAAGGCCCUGGAAAGGUCGUCAUUGAGGACCGGCCUAUUCCCAAAAUAAGAGACCCAGGAGAUAUCAUAGUCAAGGUGGAAAAGACA